GUUUUUCGUAAAAUUAUAAGAAAAUAUGAUGAUUGAAAAGACAGCAGGAUAUUUAUUGUCAAGGCAGUUAGUUACUGGUCUGUGUAAGAGAGAUUUGUCAUCUACUGGGCGGCAAAGAUUGAUCAUUCUUGGAACAGGCUGGGGAAGUUACAGUGUGUUGAAGAAAAUAGACAAGAAACUGUAUGAUGUUAUUGUAGUGAGUCCCAGAAAUCACUUCCUGUUUACACCACUGCUGUGCAGUACCACUGUCGGAACCCUAGAGUUCAGGUCAAUAAUUGAGCCAGUCAGGAACACUGGAUUUAGACAGACAGAUCACUUCCACCUGUCUCGAGCUGCAGGAAUAGAUUUCAAGAACCAGAUUGUACACGUUGAGAGUGGUCUGAAACAAGAUUCUACAUAUGAUCUGUCAUACGAUAAACUAGUGAUUGGAGUUGGAUCACUUAGCAACACAUUUAAUACACCUGGUGUUAAUGAACACGCUUUCUUCCUAAAGGAAGUUGGUGAUGCUCGUAGAAUACGCAACAAGAUUUUAAGUAACUUUGAGCUGGCCACACAGCCAUCUUCAAGCCCGGAUGAAAGUGGUAGGCUGCUGCAUAUUGUAAUAGUUGGAGGAGGACCGACUGGGGUAGAGUUUGGUGCAGAGGUGUAUGAUUUUGUUGAACAGGAUGUGACAAGAUUGUACAAAGCCAAGAAGGAUGAUGUAAGGGUAACAUUAGUAGAGUCUAACCAGAUUCUGUCCUCAUUUGAUGCCAAACUGAGAAAGUAUGCUGAGAAAAAGAUACAGGGAAGGAGAGGGUUCAAGUUGAAGAGGGACUUUGUCACAGGUGUAUUUGAAGAUCACGUACAGUUGGCUAGCGGAGAGAAAAUGCCAUGUGGAAUGGUUGUAUGGAGUACAGGUCUAGCUCCACGGGACUUUGUUAGAGAACUUGAUAUAGCAAAGAAUGAAAGAGGACAAAUUUUAACAGACCGCUACUUGAACGUUCUCGGAGAUCCAAGUGGAAAUAGUUUUGCUAUAGGAGAUUGUGCUGAUAUAAAAGAUUACCCUCUCCCUUGUACAGCUCAGGUUGCUGAAAGACAGGGAAAGCAGCUCAGUGGUGGCCAGAAAGAGGAGUUCACUUUCACCAGUGCAGGAAUGUUAGCUUAUAUAGGCAGCUAUGAAGGGCUUACUGAUCUACCCAAGACAAAACUACAAGGUUUUCCCUCCUGGUUUCUAUGGAGAUCAGCAUAUCUGACUCAGCUUGGAAGUUGGAGAUUGAGAAUGCAAGUGCCCCUAGACUGGACAAAAACAUUACUGUUUGGACGAGAUAUAUCAAGAUUUGACUAGUUGUUUUUGUAAAUGUGUUGGAUCUUACAGGAAAUAAAUCAGUGUGCAUUGGACAACUUUGUGCGAUGUAUUUACAGUCAUAUAUUUAAGUAUCUGUUGGUUAGAAAUUUUGCUUCCCAUUAUAGGUAAGCUAAUAAAGUAAACAUUUAGUUGUAUGGUACAUGUGUAACUGGCUAGCUAGACUAAAUGAGCCGUGCCAUGAGAAAACCAACAUAGUGGGUAUGCGACCAGCA